AUGGCAGUAAACGGGCACACGGCCAUCCCCGCACGACUCACUCAAGAGUCUACUAUCCAGCUGGACGAGUUUAAGCAGAUCUGCUCUCGCUCCAUCGAUACCUCGACUUACCCACUUGCCUGUGCUGUCAACCACAAUGUCCCUGUAUACGAUAUUCCCGCACUCGAUGCACAGCAACUAACAGCCGAUACAAUCUCCCGCCUCCAAGAUGAAUGGCACCACGUGCUCCACACUGGACCGGGAGUCUUCGUUCUACGAGGCAUGUACACACCUACCAAAUACGCCUCCAUCCUAUCCGCUACAAACGACGCCUUCGACCGCAUCAUCGCCCGCGAACGCGCCUCAAAUACUUCCAAGGGCGACCACUUCGCAGCCAGCGGCUCCAACGAUCGUAUCUGGAACGCCUUCUCUAAGCACGGCCUCGAAGACCCAGCCUCUUUCGCCGAUUACUACGCCAAUCCCUGGCUAGCAAGUGUCUGCUCCGCCUGGCUAGGCCCAGGCUACCGGGUAACCGCCCAAGUCAAUGCCGUCCACCCCGGCGGCGCCGCACAAGAAGCGCACCGCGAUUACCACCUCGGUUUCAUGGACGCCGAUGCCUGCGCGGGGUUCCCCGCCGCAACGCAGUUAACCUCGCAAUUCCUCACAUUGCAAGGCGCCGUCGCGCACAGCGAUAUGCCCCUCGCCUCGGGUCCGACCCGCUUCUUACCGUUCAGUCAGACCUAUCCACCGGGGUACAUGGCCUGGCGACGACCCGAGUUCCGGGCCUUCUUCCAAGAGAAUUACAUCUCUUUACCGCUCUCCCUGGGCGACGGGGUAUUCUUCAAUCCGGCACUUUUCCAUGCCGCGGGCGCGAAUGUGAUGGAUGCGUCUGCGGGUGGAUUCCGACGCGUUGCGAAUUUGUUGCAGAUUAGUAGUGCCUUUGGGAAACCUAUGGAGAGUGUGGAUGCGAUUCCGCUUGUGGAGGGGUGUUGGGAUAUCCUUUCUGCGCGGUAUAAAGGCGCGGGCAAGAAGAUUGCGGGUCGUGAUUUGGAUCCUGCGUGUUGGGGGCAAGAGGCGAGGGAGGUUAGGGCUUUGGUGCAGGCGUUGGCAGAGGGGUACCCGUUUCCUACGAAUUUGGAUCGGAGACCGCCUGCGCCGGGGAGGAUGGCGCCGGAAACGGAGCAGGAUGUUUUGGUGAGGGGGUUAGAGGGGGGUUGGUCGAGGGUGGAGGUUGUUGGUGCGUUGGAGAAGAUGAGGAUGGAGUCGAGGGCGUGA